ACAGGGCAACAGCAACAACAACAAAAUGUCGCGCUUCAACAAACAGGCAGUAGGAGUCCCCCUCGUUUAUCAACAGAAGUGCAUCAAAUUUUAGAAUCAGAAAGGUAAGGGUCUACUUACGUCUUUGUAAAACCAAGGUUGCAUUGUUGUAGGUUUUCAAAGCUGUCGCCGCUGAAAUAAUGAAAACAAUGAGCCGAUUGGGGACCUGUAUGCAUGCUUACAAAAACGGUCCAAACCUUUGCAGGAGAAGUUUUUUUGGACCACUCAUACAGUCUCAAGUCUUCCUGUGAGCAAUUCAUUGCUACGCAUCGAUAUGGCAUGACGAAUCCCGCGAGUAAAACCCAGAAAAUGUUUGCAAUAUAUGGCGAGGAUAGCCUGAUGCUAUAUUUCCGUGUUCAGAGUGGUGGCGAGGUUCCGUGGAAGUUACGUCAUCAGGUAGCGGUCGGCAGGGCGGCGCGUCCCUCGUUGCUAUGGUGUUGCUAUGGCCAUAACUCAAAAACUACUCGGUCAAUUAUUUUUUAUGACUGGUCUCUUCAACACUAGUCACCCGGUGUCCCCUUUCCGGGGAGGGGCUAUUUUUCAGCCGCAGCUUCCUGACUAUCCUGACCCCUGGUGUUGAGAGAAAUGGUAGAGGAAAUGUUUUGUAUUCAUAAAUGUGUCCUCAGUUGAUGUGGAAAUAAUGCUCCUAUUGCUUGUUAUUAUUGACAUAUUAGCCUUUCGCCACAAGAUGGCAGAAUGGGACAUAAUUGUCUAAAGUGCUACUUUUAUUACUUCUUUGUGUUUGACUUUGAUUACUUUGAUUUGUGAGAUUGCCUGUGAAGACAACAAUGAGAGAGGAUGUAUCCGCAUGUCAAUGAAAAUUAAAUACGCCGAGUUUUGACUAAAAGACAACUUAUUCUCCGUCAAUUCUUCCUACGAAUGCAAUGUUGAGCUGCAACCACCUCAACAGGUUAUGGGCCCAGAAGUCAUUCGAAGGUAAAGUCAGUUUCCACCGUGUAGAAGGUCGCAAAGGACAGCGUGCUCACGGACUGCUGAUUAGCGGAAAAAGCUAACAAGCAACAUGGAUCCACGAGGAACAAGUAGGUUACCUCGACCGGCAUUUGACGGAGAUGAAGCUAAAUAUGAACUCUGGGAAACUAAAAUGUUGGGACAUUUUCAUCUAAUCGGGCUAAAGAAGACAGUGCUGGUAGGACCAACCACUGAAGCCGAGAGAGAAAAUGAUGAAAUGAAAAAUGCGGACGCGUAUGCUGAAAUGAUACAACUUCUUGAUGAUAAAAGCCUUUCAUUAAUAAUGAGAGAUGCGCCAAAUGACGGAAGAAAAGCUCUGAAAAUAUUAAGAGAAUAUUAUGCUGGGAAGGGAAAACCCAGGAUUAUAAAUUUGUACACCAUGCUAACAUCUCUUCAAAAGGGAACCGAAGAAAGCAUAGUCGACUACAUAAUAAGUGCUGAGACCGCCAUCACAGCAUUGCGAAAUGCAGGUGAAACAAUGGCAGAUGGUCGACUUAUCGCAAUGGUCUUGAAGGGGCUGCCAGAAAGUUACAAGCCAUUUGCAGUUCAUGUGGCGCAUACCGAUGAGAACAUGACAUUUGCAGAGUUCAAAACCAAACUCAGAAGUUUUGAAGAAACGGAAAAGUUAAAUGCAGCAGAAACAAGCGACAGAGUGAUGAAGACUAAAGCAAGAGCUUCAAAGCAAACCACAAAAGCAAACGCUCGUGACCGGAUCAAAGACAACGCAGAGUUGGUGUGCUUCAAAUGUGGGAUCAAAGGCCACCGUGCAAAAUCAUGUCGACAAAAGACAUGGUGUAGUCGGUGCAAAACGGACACGCACAAAGACACCACUUGUAGACGCAAGGAAAGACCGGACGGAGCGAGAAAAAUUGCUGAAGAUGGAGAUCCUGACUUCGUGUUCAAGGUGAGAGAUGAACAGCCCGACACCAGGCGGCAGGAUACAUACAGCAUCCGGGAACGAGGUCUGAUCGUGGACAUGGGAGCAACAUGUCAUAUUAUCACUGACGAGACCAAAUUCAAAAGCUUCCAGGAGACGUUCAAACAAGAGAACCACAGCGUCGAGUUGGCAGAUGGUACCCGGUGCAGUGGAGUCGCACUCAAAAGAGGAGAUGCGGAGUGCUACCUGAAUGACAACGGAUGACAUGAUAGCUGAUAUCAUGACAAAACCUGUAACAAAGUUAAAAUUGAAGAAGUUUGACAGUGUUAUUUUUGGAAUUUGAAAUUUAAAAGUUCAUUUGGUUGUUAAAAAGGCCAUCAACAUGAGAACAAGUGGGGGUGUUGAGAGAAAUGGUGGAGGAAAUGUUUUGUAUUCAUAAAUGUGUCCUUAGUUGAUGUGGAAAUAAUGCUCCUAUUGCUUGUUAUUAUUGACAUAUUAACCUUUCGCCACAAGAUGGCAGAAUGGGACAUAAUUGUCUAAAGUGCUACUUUUAUUACUUCUUUGUGUUUGACUUUGAUUACUCUGAUUUGUGGUAUUGCCUGUGAAGACAGCAAUGAGGAGGAUGUAUCCGCAUGUCAAUGGAAAUUAAAUACGCCGAGUUUUGACUAAAAGACAACUUAUUCUCCGUCAAUUCUUCCUACGAAUGCAACGUUGAGCUGCAACCACCUCAACACCUGGCUGGAUGGAUUUUCUCCUCGUUCCACCCGAUAACCGAUAAUGCAUUGGUGUGACACAGCUUUGUCUCGCUGGACCUUUACAUGCCCAGUGCAAAGUAGAAUGGUAUUUUGGAAUACCUUGUCAAACGGUUUAUAAAUCCCUGGUUUUACAAAUAAAGACAUGGGAAACCAUGGCUGGCUGCAAGCAGGGUGGACAACGGUGCUUGUACAAGUUGCAGUCUGCCUCAGUCCACUUUAUAGCUGCCAAACACAUGACUCCCGUUAAGAAAUAUAUGGCUGCCAUUCAUUUCCGCCUCGUCCCCUAUUAUUUUCACACCUGCUGUCAUGUUUCGGCCAUGUCAAUCUCUGAGACCUGGUAUGUCAUUAGAGACCAUGGCACAAACUACUGCAACCUCUACAAUCUGAUAGAAGGAAGCAGUCUGACUGAGGCCAGGGGGUAUAGGGAGAUCACCAGUGACUUCCUAUGCACCCAACGCUCUACAGCCAACUGUACAGUAUUUUGACGUCUGACUCCAAAAAUACAGGAACAAAAUAAAGAUUCAUGUUCAGUGUUGAUGAAAAUUCCAAACUGUCCAGAAAAUAACCAUCCUGAAAAUGACGUUUUACUUAAAAUGAUCCUGUUCUUGCGUUUCAUUUCAUCAACAUUAGUGCAUCUAACACUAAUACUAGCAUAUUUGUAUUGAUGUCCACAACUAUGUAAAAAUGUUGAGUUAUGCAGCAUUAUUACUGGGUUUGCAUGGUUGUAAUAUAUAUCUAUAUGGCGGAAAACACUCAGGUGACUUGAAGUUCCGCUCUGACACCCCCAAUUUGGCCAAAUUUCAAAAUUGUCCGAUAUGCACGUGUGAGACAUCAUUGGAAAGCUUAAAAUCUCAAUUUUGUGGAGGAAGAAAAAAUUUGAACAGGAGGGCAUUUAAAAAAAAAAAAAAAAAAAAAACAUGUUUUUUUUAAACAGUAAAACCCUUACUGGAGGUGAGAGCAAGCGAGAGCAGAAUUACAGACGCCAUGACUUUAAUGAGAUAUUAUCACGUACUUACCUUGUUUCGAUCCAAAAACUCCCAUGUUGCAUGUAUCACUGAGUGUCAAGACACAGCUGUGAAUGGCCACAGCUGGAUUUCUUUGGGAUUUUAUGGGUGAAACAUGGUAAUAUAACAAGGGUCGCGAUGCAGAAAUAGCAGACAUCAAGGAGUGGUUGAGAUGUUCUUUUUAAUAUAUUUACCCUUUUAAACGUUAUUUUUCAAUUUUUCUUUGUUUGGAUCGAUUAUUUAUCAUCAAACAUAUUGGAGAAAAUGCGACAGUAACAAAAAAAUACAAUUAAGCGAGAAUUAUGAGGUGGACAUCCGUGACUUUUUUACAGACGCCAUUUUUUUCAUUGUGACUUCAUUUGUUUAAAAGUUUAAAAUAUGCAAAUAAAUAGUUUUUUUUAAAGUCGUUUUCUUUUUUAAAUGAACUAUUAGACAUCAAUUAAUGAUUCUAAGCUUAAAAUGACAGACAUUUUGAAUAAUAAAUAUAAUUAAUUACCUCCGUUUUAUGGCUGGGUUGAAACAAAAGCGGCUGCGCGACGUCUGUAAACGGGGGUUUUCGGGGUAAAAUGGAUGAAUUAAAAAUAGUUCGGGGGCUUAUGGUGCCAUGAAUCUGCUAUGGCAGCAUAUAGACAUAUUUUUCAAUCAAACACACAGUUGUUUGGCUUAAAAUACAGCAGUUUCUUUUAAAGAGAGGUGCAAGAGCAGAAACUGCUUUUUCAGUCUUUUCUGUGUUUUCCGCCAUAUACAUAUGAAUGAGCAUUUGAAAUUACGAUGAGCUUCAAGAAAAACCUGAAAUUGUUUUCACUUAAGUUAUGCCAUUUUAUUAAUGCAUGUUAAUUAAAUUUCUUGCUAUAUCAAUGGGUUUGGGACUAUCAUUUGUGUUGCAUUGAAAGAAGUCUGUCCAAACGUCUGGUUCGCGUCGAUAACUACGUUAACGUGAACCCCCUUUGACGCAGUCAAUUUUUUAAACACACGAUUAAUUAUGGCUCUGUCCACUCCCCAUAGUUUGGACUGCAAGACAAUGUGUGCGUUCUAUUGGCCGUCAGAGUGAAAUGCUGGUUCUCAGACAAAACUUAAUUUUGGAUUUUAAUGACCAAUGUGAGGUACGUUGAGGUGGCAUGAAGAGUGUAAAUGGUAAAGUACUUGUAUAGUGCCUUGUCCACCUUCAAGGCCCUCAAAGCACUUUACACUAUAAUGCCAUCCACCUACUGCUGAUACAGCACCAGGAGCAACAUGGGGUUCAGUAUCAUGUUCAAGAAUACUUAGACGAGUUCAUCAGGGAGGAGAAUCGAACACACGACCUCAGGGUGGGGGGACUCUAUCACUGAGCCACACUGCCCCGUGUGUAAACUCGGCCUGAACGAUAUUGGAAAAGAUUAACAUGUGAUUAUAUUGAAUUGCCAUGGUUACACACCUACCUUUUGCAUUGAUUGCACUGUUGCGCUUCACUUUUUUCUUCAGGUGCGCUUGAGAUAUUAAUUUCGAGUGAUGACGUGACUCGCAGCCCCCAUUUACUGCAAAACUGAUCCAAAGGGGUGCCAUUCGUUUGUGCUAUGUUUGCACUAGUUGUUGGGACACCACUCUGUUGAGUUGAGUGAGUUGGUACGCUUCGUCAGCCCUGACAGUGGUACUGUGAUUGACGUCAUCACUCGAAAUUAAUAUCCCAAUAUCUAUAAAACGAUAGCAGCACAGACAAAAAAUUUUACAGCACAAAUGUAGCACAAACGAUUGACACCAUUUUUAACCAUUUAUAAUCAAUGGGUGGGGGCUGGUUGACCUUAUAUUGACCUAUGUAUACAUAUAUAUAUAUUUUCACUUUAAACCCUGCAAAUGAACCAAUUCUCACCACAUCAGCUUUCAUUUCCAUGGCAAUCGUGGGUCGCUACUUGUACGCAGUAAACGAGUAGCUAAUACUCAUACUAAGACAAUCCAAACGUGAGACUUGUGAUUGUGAAAGAUAGUAAAAGGAUUGGUCGUACAUUAACUGUAAGAGGCACCUCAUCAUCACCUAAAGCAAUUUUCCAGAAUAUUUUAUUUGGUCCUUCCACUUAGGGUUGCCAACCGUCACUUGAAAAACAGAAUUGUCCCGUAUUAAGAAACAAGAGUACUGCGCUAGCCUUUUUUUCCCCUUCUUUUUAAGGCAGCGGGAGCAAAACUGAGUUCAAUUCUACGUUAUUAAAGGAUUUUACAAAGUACUCGCAUCAAUCUUAAUCUAUUCAUCAAACCUUCUCCCUUUAAGGUUGUCAUGUGGCUUUCACUGACUCUACCGUUCAAAAGUUUGGGGUCACCCAGACAAUUUUGUUUUCUCCUUCAAAAGUCACACUUUUAUUUUUAAAAUGAGUUGCAAAAUGAAUAGAAAAUAUAGUCAAGACAUUGACAAGAUUGGAAAUAAGGAUUUUUAUUUUAAAUCAUAAUUUUCUCCUUCAAACUUUGCUUUUAUCAAAGAAUGCUCAUUUUGCAGUUACAGCUUUGGAGACCUAUGGUGUACUAGCUGUUAAUUUGUUGCGGUAAUCUGGCGAAACUUCACUCCAUCCUCCCACAAAUUGGAUUGGCUUGAUGGGCACUUCUUGUGUACCAUACGGUCAAGCUGCUCCCACAACAGCUCAAUGGGGUUGAGAUCUGUUGACUGUGUUGGCCACUCCACUACAGAUAGAAUACCAGAUGCCUGCUUCUUUCAUAAAUAGUUGGAGGUGUGCUUUGGGUCAUUGUCAUGUUGUAGGAUGAAAUUGUCUCCAAUCGAGCCUUGUCCACAGGGUAUGGCAUGGCAUUGCAAAAUGGAGUGAUAGCCUUCCUUAUUUAAAAUCCCACUGAUCUUGUACAAAUCUCCCACUUUACCAGCACCAAAGCAACCCCAGACCAUCACAUUACCUUCACCAUUGUUGAAAGAUGACAUCAGGCACUCUUCCAGCAUCUUUUCAGUUGUUCUGCAUCUCACAAAUGUUCUUCUCUUUGAUCCAAAGUCCAAACACCUCAAACUUUGAUUUGUCUGUCCAUAACACUUUUUCCCAAAUCUUCCUCUGUCCCAUCUCUGUGUUCUUUUGCCAAUAUUAAUUGUUUCCUUUUAUUAUCCAGUCUCAGAUAAAGCUUUUUCCUUGGCCACGCUGCCCUGAAAACCAGCAUCCCGGAGUUGUCUGUUCACUGUCGACAUUGACACUGGCGUUUUACGGGUACUACCGUAUUGGCCCGAAUAUAAGACAGUGUUUUUACAUUUAAAUAAGAAUGAAAAAGAGGGGGUCGUCUUAUAUUCACGACGCUAGAUGGCGCCAGAUAUCAUUGAAGCGAUUUUCUGUCAUGACUCAUACUCUCAAGUUUAACCAGUUUGCCUUCUUUUAUUGCAAUGUUUUUCCUUAUUCAGAUUUGUUUCAAGACUAGUUACAGUUAGACUUCAUUUUGAUGGUUAAUGCAGUUAUUGCAAUUUUGUUUUAUCACAAUAGAUUGGUUUAUUUACAUUUCAAAAAACAGAAGCCAUUCAUUUACGACUGUGAUUGCACUUAAGUUUACAUAUAUAAAUGUUCAGAUAUUAAGAUUUGAAUGAGGCAAAAUAACAUGCUUUUUC